AUGGCAAACAAAGCACAGCAGCCUCCUCAUCUGCACCUGGCCGAGGUCACUGCAUCCCAGUUCCUCGACAUCUGGAAGCACUUCGACGCCGACGGUAACGGCUACAUUGAAGGAAAGGAACUGGAGAACUUCUUCAGGGAGCUGGAGAUUGCACGAAGAGGAGCAGGAGUGGAUCCAACAAACCCCACCUUCAGAGAAAAGAUGAAGGAGUUCAUGCAAAAGUUUGACAAGAACAAAGAUGGACGCAUUGAGAUGUCAGAGCUGGCCCAGAUUCUGCCCACUGAGGAGAACUUCCUGCUCUGCUUCAGACAGUUUGUCAGCUCCAGUGCUGAGUUCAUGGCGGCAUGGAGACGGUAUGAUACGGACCGCAGUGGCUAUAUUGAGGCAAAUGAGUUGAAGGGCUUCCUGUCAGACCUGCUACAGAAGGCCAACAGACACUACGAUGACCAGAAGCUUCAGGAGUACACACAGACUAUUCUGAGGAUGUUUGAUCUGAACGGAGAUGGGAAGCUGGGACUGUCAGAGAUGGCGAGACUGCUCCCGGUUCAGGAGAAUUUCCUGCUGAAAUUCCAGGGUGUAAAGUUGACUACUGAGCAAUUCAAUGCCAUUUUCACCUAUUAUGACAAGGACGGCAAUGGUUACAUUGAUGAGCAGGAGUUAGAGGCUCUGCUACGAGACCUAUACCAGACCAACAACAAGGAGGUGGAUGCCAAGAACCUGACAGGCUACAAGCAGAGCAUCAUGGCCCUGUCCGAUGGAGGGAAGCUGUACCGCACUGAGCUGGAGAUUGUCCUGUGCAGUGAGCCCAUGGCUUGA